GAAUAAAUUAAGUAACCAGACAUUCAGCCUACAGCAUGAAUGAAUUCAUAAAGCGCAAAAAUAAACAAAAAGAUUCGCAAAGCUUUAUUGGUUGUAGAAAUGCUUAGGUUAAGUUGUGUGCUGUUUUUAAUUUGUUUUUUCGAUUGGUCAAACAUGCAGGGACAUUAUAGGAAGGAUAGAAUGCCUAAAAUCAUGGGAGAUAAAAUUCCACUGAGUGCGCUUAUGCCUGAAAAACCUAGAACUAGGAGCAAAAUUGUCAAAAUGCAUAAUGUCUUUCGAUCAAGAGUAAAACCUGCUGCUUCAAAUAUGUUGAAAAUGACGUGGAAUGAACGUCUUGCUGAAGCAGCACAGAAAUGGACCCAGAACUGUCAAUUUUUAACCCAUGACGGAAAUGAUGGUAGAUUCAUCCCCAACUACGGACCAUGUGGUCAAAAUAUUUUUGUAGCAACCCAAAAAGUGCCCUGGUUUUUCGCUAUAAAUACUUGGUUCUUGGAGAAAGAUAAUUUCACAUAUGGAGGCAAAAAUGAUUUAAGGCGGAUUGGGCAUUACACACAAAUGGUUUGGGCAGCAACCCAUGAAGUUGGAUGCGGCAUUUCGAAAUGCAUAAAUCUAAAUAAUGGAACAUGGGUUAAAUAUUAUAGCUACAUAUGCAACUACUGUCCAAUUGGAAAUCUACCGGACAAGCUUGGUCUACCGUAUAAGAAGGGGGUGCCAUGCCAAGCAUGCAAAGGAAGCUGUCAUUCUAAGAGGCUUUGUACGAAUUCAUGUAAUGUUGCUGAUUAUUGGUCUAACUGCAACAGGUUGUUCCAACGUUGGCCAAGUUGGCUCUGCCACACUAAUACGAAAAAAGGGAAAGAAAGGACAAGAAGAUGUAGAGCCACCUGUACUUGUAGACAAAAAAUUCACGAUUAAUUAGGGUUUGCAUAA